AGGUAGGCAAUGCUGCUCACAGUUAACCGUUGUCUGAAUGGCCAAAUUUAUGCCUUGAACUCUAUGAUCUACGGGUAUCCCAUACAUUUUGUUCGGGAAAUUGAACUUUUUCUUAUCAAAAAUUUAAUAAUUUUUUAACGUACAUGAUUUUAAAAUUUCAAAUUGGGUGUAAAGAUAAUGGUAUUUGUCUUAUUUACUUUAGGGGCAAAAUUGGGAAUUUAGAAAAAAAUAGGUUGCUACCAUUUUCAUUUAAAAAGUGAUUUCGAUUUGAAAAUUAAAAUCAUACUCCCGGUAUCCGGUCGGCAUCUGGAGUAGAAUUUGGUGUAAAUUUGGUAAUUGAGAUAGCGGUUGAAACAAAAGCAUAACAUACGAACCUCUGAGAUGCCUCAACCUGAGGAUAUACACUGAAUACAAAACAAAGCACGACAGAAAGAGGAUAUAAAGCGGAAUAGAACGAGAUAGACAAACCUCUGAUUAUUUCGCAAAAACAACAUACGAGGGCUACACUAUCGCCUUAGAGAAGGUGAAAAAGAUUCCUUUUUGAUAAUGAGCGCACGAAUAAUAGGUUGUUGUUCAGGCGAAAAGAGUGUUUAUUACAAUUUAGUGGCAUCAUAUUGCUUGCAUAGCUCUACACAUUUCGCAUUUACUGUUGAUGGCUUGCUUCGCUCUUGUUUACCGGGCUAAGUUGUUUCGUGUUAAGGUGGUCUACUGGGGGGAGUGUAUGUAUUUGGUUUCACCACCCGACAUUUUCAGUGUCAAAAACUCCUUAACCUAGUAGGUCAGUGUGUCGUCCACGAGGUGCCUUUGCACAAUUGUUGAAAAAAGCUACUUUUCAUUUGUUAGUUGCUAUCAUGCCCUUUCCAACCGUAUACAGUCCCCGCUAUCAUCCAAACUCGGAAAUGCAUUUUAUCGAUUUGAAUACAAUCUAUCAUAAGGAAGAAUGGGGAUUGACUGCGCAGUUCGAAACUCUAUGGCACAAGACGCUUGGAAGUUCUUUACAAAGUGCGAUUAGAAACAAUCCCAAUGCGACACAAUCGGUAGAGAUGAUCGCUGAGAUAGUAAGAAAUUGUCUUAGCAGCGUUAGCCAUCCCAAUCUGGAAAAACAUUUUUACGAUACAAAGAACAAGAAACUAGCGGUCAGCUCUCGCAUCAGGGGAAACAAAAUGCUAGACAAGAGUGUGAAACGGUUGAACGAAGCUAUUGUGUUGUACAACGAAAGUCUUUCGGACUCGCAAGCAAAUUCGGAGGAACGGUCCCUAGCCUAUGCCAACCGAUCGAUAGUUUGCCUGCAGUUGCACCGGUACGAGGAGUGUUUGGCGAACAUCCGGCUAGCUCGCGAGUCCAACUAUCCGGCACGGUUGGCGGAAAAGCUGAGUCAGCGAGAAGCCGUAGCUAAGAAAGCGUUGGCGAAGGCCAUGAAGCAGGAUGCUAAACGGAUGGAAGAGGAUCCGAAGGAAGAACUACGGCUUAGCCAUCCGGGCCACGAGCACAUGCCACAUGUGGCCAACUGUCUGCAACUGCAACAGAACGAACAGUACGGACGGUAUGUGGUCACCACUCGCCGGCUGAAGGUGGGCGAUGUGGUGAUGCUGGACACGCCGUUCGUGAAAACGCUGCAGGAAAAUUGCCGCUAUGUGCGGUGUGAUUUUUGUCAUGCCGAGCGCCCAUUCACGCUGAUACCGUGUGAAGGGUGUACCUGGGUGAUGUACUGCUCGCAGGAAUGUUUGAGUAAGGCGUUCGACCAGUACCAUCGGUAUGAGUGCGGCGUCAUGCGAGAUGCGUACAGUAUUUGUGGAAGAUUUCCAGCGACUGCUUUACGCGCGACUGCCACUGCAAUCAGUAUCUUUGAUGGUGACCUAGUGGCAUUGCAAAACCAUCUGGAUGCGCUGGACGAGUCCCGGGUGAACGGAUUCACGAUGGACUGGAGGAUGGCCACACCGAAGGACGUGUACAGCACGAUGCACGUGCUGACAACCAAUCAAGAAUGACGAGGUUUGGUCGAUCGUACGUACCAAAUCCUUGUUGCGAUUCUAUUGCAUAAGGCUAUGGUGGAAAGGACUGAGUUGAGACCAAAGUGCAAAGCAAGCCCUAAAAUGGAUAAGCUUUUGUUCGAUCUGAUCCUGCGCCAUGCGCAAACCAUUCGAUGUAAUCAUCAAUUGUUAUCCUUUUACGAGGGUCAACCGCAGGAGAAAGUUUUCGAACAUAAACUAUAUGGAACGGCAUGCUAUCCGUCGGUCAGCAUGUUGAACCAUUCCUGUGCCUCGAACGUACGGCGACUUAUUUUGCCCGACGGUCGAUGCGCUAUGAUCGUUAUCCGCCCGAUCGGCAAGGAUUGCCAACUGUUCGAUAGUUACGGAUUGCACCACCUCGUUGAAGAUCGGGUAAUGAGACAAAGGGUUAUUCGGUUGCUGUUCAACUUUCAAUGUUCGUGUGAAGCAUGUACGCACAAUUAUCGUACAUUCAAGGAACUAUCAUUCCAAUAUGGAGGUGAUUUUACUUUGAUAAGUCAUAGUCAACAGGAAGGGUUUUACAAAACCUUAGCAACCCGUAACCGGAAGUUAGCAUUCAAGAUCAUGAGAGAACUGCAAACUGACUUAAACCGUAAGCAUAGCCGGUAUCCAUCCUAUGAUGUGUGCGGGAAAAUGCGAUGUUAUGAGCUCUCCUUAUACCUGGUGUAUAAGUACGUGUCGGAAAGUUUCCUGUACUGUAGGAAAUGCACGGAUAUUUUGGAACUACAGCACUUGCAUCCAGAAUCUUUGUCUUAGAGUACUUAGAUGAUCCUUCUGAAUGCUUUGUUGAGCUAUAUAAUUUAAAUAACAGUAGAAAAGGGUUAGCCGGUCUCGUAGUACAGUCGUCAACUCGUACGAUUUAACAACAUGCCCGUCAUGGGUUCAAUCCCCAAAUAAACCGCGCCGCCAUACGUAGGACUGACUAUCCUGCUAUGGGGGGGAAUCAAUUAGUCA